CGGUUGCACCGCGCGCGCUCUCGUUCAACUCACUCAGUGCACACACACACACAGAGUGAGCGGGGAGCUGAGAGGCGCACGAGCAGCGCGGCGGAAAAGUCACGUUAAAAGCCAUUAGAACCGAAAUGCGAGUCGUUAAUUCGACUAGAUAACGGCGUCCUGACUUUGAGAAGUCGGUGUGAGCGCGAGCAGACCGGAACUACACGCCACGGAUUGAUGCCCUUUCUCUGAGUGUGAAGUGUGUUCAUGUGGGAAAAGGAGUGGCAGAAAUUUAUCUGGCUAAGAUCUGUUCAGUACUUUGGGAGGAACGGCAGGUUGAAGUUGGUAUAACAGAGUUCGCUCUCUGCUCCCGGGACAUCGGGAAACUACCGGUGCUUUCUGAGUCACAGGAAAGCGCUCAGGCUGUUUCUCUCUCUCUUCUGAUCGUUUUCCGACUGGAUUACUCAUGAAUAUCAAUCAGGGUGAAGAACUCAGAACCAUCUUUCUUAGCUAGUAACUGAAUUUGGCAACAAUGAGUGCCAGGUCAGCCAUCAACAAAGAGAUCUUUAUCCCACAUAACGAGAGGAUGUUGGCAGCCGUGCAAGUGAAGAGGAGGACGAAGAAGAAGAUUCCCUUCUUGGCUACAGGUGGUCAGGGCGACUACAUGACUUUCAUCUGCCUAUCAGUGACCAACAAGAAGCCAACAGAGAUCUCGAUCACAAAAGUGAAGCAGUUUGAGGGUUCUUCUUCUUUUGUCAGAAGAUCCCAGUGGAGUCUCGACCAGCUGCGGCAGGUGAAUGGCAUUGACCCGAACAAGGAUUGUCCAGAGUUUGACCUGACAUUUGAGAACGCAUUUGACCAGUGGGUAGCCGGCUCAGCUGGGGACAAGUGCAUGUUUGUGCAGGUCCUACACAACACGUGCCAGCGCUACAGCGCAGAAAGAAAACCAGAGUUUGUCAACUGCCAAUCCAAACUGCUGGGAGGUAAUAGCAUCCUGCACUCUGCAGCCGACAGUGUGAGUAGUGCAGUGCAGAAAGCCAGUCAGGCACUGAACGAGCGUGGAGAGAGACUGGGCCGUGUGGAGGAGAAAACUGGAGACAUGAUGAACAGUGCUCAGCAGUUUGCUGAUACUGCACAUAAGCUGGCCAUGAAGCACAAAUGUUAAACUGUGCCAAGUCAGAGGGUUCUGCCAGUGACUCCAGGACAUCCACAGAGUGAACGGAUUUUAGAUAUAAUUCUUAAAACAACAAAUAUUUAACCCUAGUAUUAUGACUUAAUGCUGUUUUUUAUUUUUAUUUUUUGACAUCUUCCUGGUGUUUCCAGAAGAGGAGUUAAUGGUGUGGUAAAAGAUGCCUGGCUCACUGACUGUGCAUGACAAAAAGCAGCUCGGGCAUUUCAUCUUUCCAGGAGCCUCUCUUCUGGUUCCUUCCACAGAGGGGAGGGGGUCCAGCGAUUACUGGAGUCCUGGAUGCAGGAUUAUCUUACCCAAGGAAACGGGGCACUGUGUUACACUUAGGGCCAAUUAAACCAGAUAUACAGAAGACAAACCAUUUGUUAGCAAUUGCCUAAGGGCAUGAUUUGUUUCUCUCUGAACCCAUAAUGCAUUUCAUAUCUUCUGUGAAAGCUGGCUAGUCCAUACUUGGAGAGGACCGAAAGUUGUUUCGGCAUAAUGUAACCGUUUCCUUCGCCGAAAAUUUUUAAUACAUGCUGUGAUAAAGUAACAAUAACAGACUCGAUUGUUUCAUUAAAAAAAAAAAAAGUCAUAUUUUUGGUCAGAGAUUUCAUAAACUUUGAUCAUUAAAUUAAAAAUAAAUGAAUAGUAUUUGAAGUUUGCUAUCAAGCUGAAAUAAAUGCUUAGCAGUGUAUGUAGUUGCAAAUCUAAACUUAGUUUUAAAGAAAUACUUUUGAACUUUGUAGGUAAAUCUAUCAAAAGCAGUGCUCUAUAUGGCUUUUGUUUGGGUUUAGAUAACGUUAUUCAGAUAUAAAGAGAUGGUAAUUCAGUUAACCAAGUUUGAAUAGAUGACUAUUUCAAAAGUUUAAGCUUUAUGAAGUGGAAUUCAUUAUUAAAUAGUAAGUAAGAAAUGUUUACAGUGGGCUUUUUGAGAUCACCUGCUAGUGAGAAUAAAUACUUCUUGAUCUGUGACACCGCUUCGCACCACAGUUGCCAUUGAUGAUAUUCUACUUUAUGACCGUUGUAUCAUAUUAAGUGUAGACCGUACCAGUUAGUUUAGUUCAGCAGUAAGUUGUGUUACAUGCUAAUCCCAGUGUACUGCCACUACCAAGGAGCUUUUAAUGGUGUAAGUGACUUUCUUUAUUCUGUAACCGUACGUGACGUCACAUGAUUUGCUUCUAUGAGUGGAUUGAGGUUAAUAUUUGAUUAUUUCAUGCUCAGACUACAUAAUUACAAGUUGAUCCUUGUGUAAAACAAAUUAGAUUAGAUAAUUUUAAGAAUUUGUAUAACGUUUGUGAACCGCAGAGCACCUCAAACUUUUUUAUCAGUAGCAAUAUUUUGUGGCUUUCAAAUAGUACUUAGUAACUGUAGCUGUUUACGUAAUAGCAGAUUUCAUUACAGACAGCAGCUUACGGAGUCUGAGGUGCUCGUUUAACUUGUAUAGAAUUUUUUUUUUUUUCAGUUCAGCAUGCAGUUAUGAUGCACCGAUUUCUUUAUCAUCACCCUUCAACAGAAAUCUCUCAAACAACACAGUGGUCAUUAUUUUAAUGAAAGUAUAAACAGUUUUGAAUGCAUAUGUAAUAUGAACUGGACUUCAUUUCCAGCUGCGUGAUUAUUCAUGUUUUCUUAAAUAUUAUCAGUGUUUUUACGCAAUUUAUUUUCAGACAAACACUUUUACAGAUUCUUACUGCAUACUUAUUUUAAAUUGACCGUGCCAGCAGCAGUACUUGGUUUUUAAAUCCCGGGAAUGUAUUUAUUAUUAUUAUUAUUAUUAUUAUUAUUAUUAAAUAUAAUGGAUGGUAGAUUUGAGAUUAAUAUUAAAUACACAUGUUGAUUUUAAUGGUCAUGUACAGCAGAGUUCUCUGUUUCUAGCUCUGGAGGACAGAAAUUGUGAAGAUGCUCAGCCCAGGGUUCAAUUUUUAAAUGUGGAUAAAUAUAUGUAGAAAAGUUAAAUUGCACAAAGUCAAAAUCUGAUUGUCAAACACCCUUCUAGGUGACUUGAAGAUAUUUUCUUAAAAUCUAUAUUUGCGCUACUGUCCUUCUGACAGUAAAGAAGGUGAAAAGGUCAGAUAUAGACACAGACAUGGAUAUCCAGCACAACCAGUUGAUUUAAUCCCAAUAGUAGUGCCUUUGUCAAAUAUACUUUUCAUUUCUUUUAUGAACAUAAUCAUGGUUACUUUCCUUCACGUAUGUUUUAUGAGAAGUUAUAUAUGUAAUGUGUUCAAUUAUUUAUUCCAAAAUAAUCUCCUCAGUAAUACGAAUUAAAAAUAUCACAGUAUUGUUUUUAUAUGGCGUUUUAUAUCUAAAUUAAACUACUAGUGAAUGUGAUGGUGUAUAGAUUCACUUAAGUCAUGGCUGUAAGGAAUGUAGUUUCUCAUUUAUUUUUCCAAAGUUCACCCUAAAUAUCUCUCUUAAAAAAAAAAAGACACAAUAAGGAGCCUGUAACGUGUAAAUCAAAAUUCUCUGACAUCUUGUCACGUUUUCCAGAAAAUUCCAUCUCGCCAUACAGUUUACUUUUAUAACAGAAAUAGUGAAAGUUUGAAGCAAUCAGGGAUUCAUGUGUAAUUUUUUUCAUGCUAUGUGUAUUUGUUUUAUUUAUUAGCAGUUUGUCUUAAUGUCGGCCAAAUGUCUGUACGUCUGAGCGUCCUACCGUCUGUUUUACAGUUUGUGCUGUGGUGUUUCAGUGUUGUCACGUUAAUAGCCAUGUCUUUGUGUUCUUGUUAAGGGCUUUAAUUGUAUUAUUUAGGGAAGUGUCUUUUACAUUUUGAAGAACUGUUGCUUCAUGUGAGUAAUCCAGAACCCAGUUCUACCAAAUCUGUAAUGAUCUGAUGAAGUACUUAGUUGCAGCCUUAAUACUUUUGCUAUGACACUAGCAGAACGGUGCAGACUGCAUAAAAAGUUGUGAAUGUUUUUUCACCCAAGUAUAUAGUAUUUUCAUUAUUCUUGCAAUGUCUUUUAAUCAAUCUCUAUUUGAUUAAUUCCAUUCACACUUAAGUCCCUUAAGAUUGUUUCUGUUUCUAGCUGUAAAAGUCCCCGUGAAUUGCAUCUGUCCUGCAAGCUGGAAUUUAAUGGGUACAAAAUAAAUGACGUUAAUAGUAAAUUAACUUAUACAUUAUUCAUGUUUUUGGGUCCAUACCAUUUAUUUUCUACUGAGCACAAAUGUGUUGUGUCAAAUACAUGACUGUGGAAGGAUGUGAUUCUCACUGCAAAGUUUUGCCAAAGACCGUCACUGUCAAAAUAAUAAAUUCCUUAUUUUCCUAGGUACCACUGGAAAUUAAAAAAAAAAAGACUUUUACGACUGAAUGACUACAAGCAAAGUUUAAGCUCAAAUUUUAACAACAAAUAAUUUACCUUUAAUUUGGGCAAAUGUACCUUUAAUGCUGUGCUGAGGUUUUAAAAAUAAUUUAAAGAUUUAAAAGUGGUCACAGUAAAAAUAUUGAAAAUAACUAAAAGCCAAUUAAUAUCAAUGUCCACACUUUCUGCUGUUUAAUUCCAAGCAGGAGCAAUAUACGUAUGAUGGUGGCAAUAUUAAAAACCUGAGUGCCAGGGUGUGCUAUGUGGACGUCUUAUAGAAGGCAAAUUACCUCAGUAAGACUGUUUAUGCUUAUUUCACAUCCUUUGUUUUGUUUUUUUUGAUAGAUUAAUGUGCUUUGUCCUGCACUGAAAUGAACUCCUUCACUUUUGUUCAUGCUUUCAUAAAGGUAAUAUUAUAAAAUGUUUAGUUUUACUAUUAGUUUGCUAAUAUUUUGAAGUUGAUUUUCUGUUGAAUAUCA